AUGUCAACCGUCCGUCGCUUCGUCGAGUGGCUACUUUCGAAUGAUCACGUUGGUAAAGCCAACAUGGAGAUUGGUGACAGCUCGUCUCACGAGAUCAUUAUGGACGCCCUAGUGGGUGGUCUUCUGUUUCUUCAGUUGUCCGCGCCUCUGGCUCGAGUUAUACCUCAAUGCAUCGACGAAGAUGCCGUCGACGAAGACAAUCAUUUUCAACUCCGUUGGGGCUUAUACUGGAACGUGGAUGCUCUUUCAAGCUUACCGUCGGAUGUUACGCAGGGGGCCGGACCAGUGUGCAUACAAGAUGGUUUAACGGCUUGUACCUUGAAUCAGGAUCCUGCAGACCACUUUCACUACGGUACUCUAUGUUAA